UCGCUGAAUUAAAUCAUCUGACGCGCGCGCUGUCUCCCCACUCGGGUGGAAUGUGCGCGCGGUUCUCGCCGGUUAACCGAGCAGCGGCAGCAGCAGUAGCAGCGGCAGUGGAACUGAGGCAGAGGCUGCUUGAGGACUGAAUGUCGCACUGACUUCUGAGAGGACUCGCAGCCGAGACGGGGAAGAGGACAGAGAGGCUGUUAGGAUGGCUUCAAACUUCAACGAUAUAGUGAAGCAGGGCUACGUGAGGAUUCGGAGUAAGAAACUGGGGAUCUUCAGAAGAUGCUGGCUUGUAUUCAAGAAGGCAUCCAGUAAAGGACCACGCCGAUUGGAAAAAUAUCCAGAUGAAAAAGCAGCUUACUUCAGAAGCUUUCACAAGAUAACUGAGCUCCACAACAUUAAGAACAUUACUCGAAUGCCACGAGAGACCAAGAAACACGCAGUGGCAAUUAUUUUCUGUGAUGAGACGUCAAAGACAUUUGCCUGUGAGUCAGAGCUGGAGGCCGAGGAGUGGUGGAAGUUACUGUGUUUGGAGUGUCUGGGCAGCAGACUUAAUGACAUCAGCCUGGGAGAACCGGACUUGUUAGCAGCAGGGGUGCAGAGGGAACAGAACGAAAGAUUUAAUGUUUACUUGAUGCCGACCCCAAACCUGGAUAUCUACGGAGAGUGCACGAUGCAGAUCACCCACGAGAACAUCUACCUUUGGGACAUCCAUAAUGCCAGAGUCAAGCUGGUCAUGUGGCCGCUCAACUCCCUGAGGAGAUACGGCAGAGACUCGACCUGGUUCACAUUUGAGUCUGGAAGGAUGUGUGAUACAGGGGAGGGUUUGUUCACGUUCCAGACCAGAGAAGGCGAGAUGAUCUAUCAGAGAGUUCACUCUGCCACAUUGUCCAUCGCUGAGCAACAUGAACGCAUGAUGAUGGAGAUGGAAAAGAGCUCCCAGACUCUUCCAAACGAGAGCACAUUAACAAAGUCGAUAUCUCUCCCGCGAAGCGCUUACUGGCACCACAUCACGCGUCAGAACAGCGUGGGAGACAUCUGCAAUUACCAAGGUACGAGUUUGACUAUGACGCUCAUUCCACGAGCGCAGACGUUUCAAAGCUUCUUUUCCGAGCAGACGGAGGAGGAACGGAAGCAGGAGGAGCAAGCGACGGCGGCCUCUAGCGGCUGCGACAGGGACUGCAGCAGCUCGCCGCUCCGCUGAUGAAAAGCCACGACUCACGGACAUUCCAAAGCUUUAGCAAGCUCAUAAUAGACACAUGUACAGUAUGAACUCUCUCUCUAUAUGUAUGUAUAUGUAUGACUUAAUAAUUAUUUGUAGAACAGUGUGUAUACUAAAAACUCUAGGAGCCUCUUUUUGUACGUCGAAAAGAAAAGGGAAAAAAAAAUGGCAAAAAGUUGUAAAAUAAUCUUUAUUUUCCUUGUGUGGUUUAAGACAAAUGGACUUUCUGGAGUUAUUUUUCAGAUUUACUGUACAUAUGAAUGCGCUGCAGCGCUGAACACCACAAGUUUCCUGCAUUUUUGUCUGUCGUCGUGACGCACUUAGAUUCUGUCAAACAAGAGUCUAUCUGUUUGUGAUUUAGCACCCUGCACUUUUACAUUAGAGCUUGUUUUGCACUUUUGUCAUUUGCUUUGGGUUUUAAUAUGUGCAGCCAUGUUGUCUGUAGAUACAAGCAGUGUGGGAAAUGGGGAAAAAUGUACACUUUUAAAGGAAUAGUUCACCCAAAAAUGGAUUUUCUGUUCACUUUCCAAACUGGUAUGACUUGCUUGUUUAAAUAAUGAACAAAUCACAGAUAUUUUCAAUGAAUCAGUGGAUCUAGUUCACAAAAACAGUCUGAAUGAUUAAUUUACUUCUAGGCCUAAGUAUGUUCAGAGGUUCCAUUGAACUCUAUUGGUAAUGAUGCGACUAUAGUUGCUUUGGGAAACACAUCCCAGGAUGUCUGAAAUAUGAAAAGCAAUUUUAUUAGAAUUUUUGGACGAACUAUUCCAACUCAUCUUUUCCCCCUUAUAUUAUAUGAAACUAAUUUCUGAAAUGUGUCUACACACUGGACGAGAGGUUCGGUUAUCCUGAAUCUUCUCACUCUGCAGAAGAAGUGCCUUCAGACUCUUCUAGCCCGAGACUCUGGCUAGAACGCUGAUUAAAUUAGCAUCCUGCUAGUCAUCCAACAUGUUUAUAACUGAAUUACGUUUAUACGUUGACA